GAAUUGUUGACGUGCACUAUAAAUUCCACUGCCAAGUUACCAACUUUCAUACUCUUCCCUCUCUCUCUCUCUUACACAAACACACACCUAAAGCAAUCAUGCAAAUGAACAAGUUCAAGAUUAUGGACUUGUCAAGUUCUUUCUCUUCUUUGUUUCUUGUUAUUGCUUUGAUGUUCAUUGUGGCCAAUGGUCAGCCUCUUGUCCCUGCGAUGUUCAUAUUUGGAGACUCUGUUGUUGAUGCAGGCAAUAACAAUCAUCUUUACACCAUUGUAAAAGCAAACUUCCCUCCUUAUGGUAGAGACUUUGCCAAUCACAAAUCAACUGGUAGAUUCUGCAAUGGAAAACUUGCAUCUGACUUCACUGCUGAAAACAUAGGCUUCACUUCUUAUCCACCAGCCUACCUUAGCAAAGAAGCUGAAGGCACAAACCUAUUAAUUGGUGCCAAUUUCGCAUCUGGUGCUUCUGGUUUUUAUGAUUCCACAGCUAAGUUAUAUCAUGCAAUUUCAUUGACUCAGCAGCUAGAGUACUACAAGGAAUACCAGAGAAAGAUAGUGGGAAUUGCAGGGAAAUCAAAUGCAUCAUCAAUUAUAUCUGGAGCAAUCUAUCUUAUUAGUGCUGGAGCUAGUGAUUUUGUUCAAAACUAUUACAUUAACCCUUUUCUCCACAAGGAAUAUACACCUGAUCAAUUCUCUGAUAUUCUCAUGCAAUCUUAUUCGCAUUUCAUUAAGUCACAUUUUGCACAGAAUUUGUAUAAUCUGGGAGCUAGAAAAAUUGGUGUGACAACAUUGCCACCCCUUGGAUGCUUGCCAGCAGCUAUUACGAUAUUUGGUUCUGAUAGCAAUGAUUGUGUGGCCAAUUUAAACCAGGAUUCGGUUUCCUUCAACAAUAAGCUAAAUGCCACAUCUCAAAGCCUGCGAAACAAGCUUUCAGGCCUCAAAUUAGUCGUUUUUGACAUCUAUCAACCUCUUUAUGAUAUUGUCACAAAACCUUCUGACAAUGGAUUUGUAGAGGCAAGAAGAGCUUGUUGUGGAACAGGUUUGUUAGAAUCAUCAAUACUGUGCAAUUCCAAGUCUAUAGGUACUUGCAAAAAUGCAUCUGAGUAUGUAUUCUGGGAUGGUUUUCAUCCUUCGGAAGCUGCAAACAAAAUAUUGGCAGAUGAUUUGCUUACCAGUGGCAUCUCUCUCAUUUUCUAAUAACAAUCAUGCUGGAAGACUAUAUAUAUAUAUAUAUGCACUUAAUCAUUUCUCUACAUGGGAUUGUGACUAUGGUAUAAAAGUUUGUCUAUCUUGCUUAAUUUACCAUUGGAAACAAGAGAUUACUUGUGCAAAACUUGGAAGUGAAACUGUCUUUUUAUUUGAACUAUGUAACUUCAUUUUGUGCAAUACUCUUAUGUAAAUUGACUAUCAAUGUAAUAAGACACUUUGCUUUGAGUUUA